UUAUGUGUUAAGCUUAACAUGAUUCGUUUACAAACAAUGUUGUUCGAAACUUACACAUAUUUUACACGAAAUUGCCUACUAUAAUAAACUUUACUUAAAUCAAGAAUAGAACUUGGAGAUACAAAUCUCAAAAUGUUGACUUGUCGCACGUGUGGAAAGGAUUUGUUAGAGAAUGAAGCUUGUCAGAAUAUGGAAAAAUACGUGGACACAUACUUUCAUUUAACAGCAGUACAGCUCAAUGACUAUGAAAACCCAAGUCUUUCGAAAAUAUGCAUUUGUUGCGAGAAAAAAUUGAACGAGUUUGGUAGAUUUCGAAAAGUAUGUUUGCAGGUUCAUUGGCUGCUGCACAAAAUAAAAAAUGAACCCAAAGAAGAGGAAUCAACACGAGAAAUUGCAACUGUGGAAUUUGAAUGUACGCCAGAACUCUUGGAAAAUGACGAUUUAGAACAAAAUGUUCUGUCAUCCGGAAAUGAUGACGUAAACUCUAAUUCCAGUGAUAACUAUGAUGAUGAAUCCGAUUAUGAUGAGGAUGAUGAUGGCGAUGAUAAUGAUGGAGAUAGUAGAAGUAGACGCACACCUAUCAACUCAUCAAAGAAAGAUAACAUAAAAUCGACGCUUAGGAAAAAACGAGUCAAGUGGGGUAGUAUAGAAAAAAAAGAACCCAAAGAAAGAAGGCCUGUUUAUCCUUGUGAUAUAUGUAAUAAAAAAUUUUUCGUAUUGUUUAGAUUCAAAGCCCACAAACGUACACACGAUGGGCUGGUCCCGUAUGAGUGUGAACUAUGCGGGAAAGCAUUUCCUACUGCACACAACGUAAAGAGACAUCAUAUACAGAAGCACAGUGCUGAUCGAUUAUCGCUACCAUGUGAUCAUCCUGGUUGUGAGCAGGUAUUUGCCACUCGACAAGGAUUCAACAGACAUAAAGAUCGUGUGCACAAUCCCAACUACGUUAUGCCUUCUCGGACAGCAUUCAUUUGCGAUACUUGUGGGAAAGAGUACACAACUAAAGGAGGACUGAAGACCCACAAAUAUACUCAUACGCCCGCUGAAAUGCCUUUUGUAUGCAAAAUCUGUUCUAAGAAAUUUCCUACUUCGGCGAAACUAAAAGAGCAUACAAUGCGCCAUGAGGGGGUGAGAAACCACACCUGCCCUCAUUGUGGCCUUCAAAAGGUUUCGGGACACGAACUUAGAACUCAUAUAAAAAAUAUGCAUUCUGGACCACGUUGUUAUUCUUGCGAAAUUUGCGCCAGGCUAUUCAGUAAUACCAGUAGUUUGGGUCUUCAUGUUAAAAUCGUACAUCAAGGAGUCAAACCUUAUGUGUGCUCUGUUUGUGAAUUUGCAUUUGGUAGAAGUGAUCAUCUGAAGCGACAUAUGAAAAGCCACAUGCGGGCAGCUUUAACGAAAUAGUGAUGAACUAUUAAUUAUGUUUGUUGUAAACAAAUGAGACAAAUUAAAUUGUUUGUUGCAAUGUA